GCAGACCCGGAAGCGGGUUUCGUGGAGCCGAGGCCAGUCUGUGGAGUGAUUGAAUUCUCAAGACUGAUCUUGUCUGAGGAAGAAGCCUGGAAGAGGAGGAAGAGGAAAGGAAGGAGUCUGGAAUGGCUGUUUAUCAGGGAUGGUUGACCUUCAGGGAUGUGGCCAUAGAAUUCUCUCAGGAGGAGUGGGAGUGCCUGGACCCUGCUCAGAGGGCCUUGUACAGGGACGUGAUGGUGGAGAACUACAGGAACCUGGUCUUCCUGGCCAUCUCUUCCAAAUGUAUGAUCAAGGAAUUACCACCCAAAGAGAACAGUAAUACAGGGGAAGUAUUGCAGACGGUUAUAUUGGAAAGACAUAAAAGCCGUGACACCGAAGAUUAUGCCUUUAGAGCAAUCCAGAAAAAUAUUCGUGACUUUGAGUGUCAGUGGGGAGACGGUGAAAGAAAUUACAAAGCAGUGCUUGUGACCCUUAACAAAAAUCUCAAUGGUGGAAGAGAUCAAUAUGGUGGAAGAGAUGCAGGAAAUAAACCAAUUGAAAACAGGUUUGGACUAAGCUUUCAGUCACGUCUGGCUGGAGUGCAGAUACUUCAUACUGAAGGGAAAAUUUACCAAUAUCACCAAGCUGAGAAGUCUGUCAACGAUCGGUCUUCAGUUUCACCACAUCCCAGAAUUCUUCCUAGUGUCCACACCAACAUUUCUGACAAACGUGGGAAUGAUUUCUUGCGUUCUUCAUUACUCACACAAGACCAGAAAGCACACCUUAGGGAGGAACCUUACAAACGUGAUGAGUGUGACAAAGCAGUUAAUCCCAGUUUACACCUCACUAGACAUCAGAUAAUCCAUCCAGGAGAGAAACCAUAUAAAUGUGAUGUAUGUGGGAAGGUCUUCAGUCACAACUCACACCUUGCAUGUCAUCGAAGAAUUCACACCGGAGAGAAACCUUACAAAUGCGUUGAGUGUGGCAAGGUGUUCAGUCGCAAUUCACACCUUGUACGUCAUCACAGGAUUCACACUGGGGAGAAACCUUACCACUGCAAUGAGUGUGGCAAAGCCUUUAGUGAGUGUUCAAGUCUUACUAACCAUCAGGUAAUCCACACUGGGGAGAAACCUUACAAGUGCAAUGAAUGUUGCAAGGUCUUCAGUCAGAGUUCAGGCCUUGCAAGCCAUCGAAGAAUUCAUACUGGAGAGAAACCUUACAAAUGUAGUGAGUGUGGCAAAGCCUUUACGUAUAGCUCACAACUCACUAACCACCAGGUAAUCCAUACUGGUGUGAAGCCUUACAAAUGUACUGAGUGUGGCAAAGCCUUUAAUCAGAGCUCACAUCUCACUAGACAUCAAAUAAUCCACACAGGAGAGAAACAUUACAAGUGUGACGAAUGUGGGAAGGUCUUCAGUUACGAUUCACACCUUGCACGUCAUCGCAGGAUUCAUUCUGGAGAGAAGCCUUACCAGUGUAACGAGUGUGGCAGAGCCUUUAGUAUGUAUUCAAGCCUUACUUACCAUCAGGUAAUCCACACUAGAGAGAAACCUUACAAAUGUAAUGAAUGUGGCAAGGUCUUCAGUCAGAGUUCGAGCCUUCCUAGUCAUCGGAGAAUUCAUACUGGAGAGAAACCAUACAAAUGUAAUCAGUGUGGCAGAUCUUUUAUUCAACGCUCAAACCUCACUAGACAUCAGAUGAUUCAUACAGGAGAGAAACCAUAUAAAUGUAAUGUAUGUGGGAAGGUCUUCAGUCAAAAUUCGAGCCUUGCAAGUCAUCAGAGAAUUCAUACUGGGGAGGAAAAACCUUACAAAUGUCAUGAUUGUGGCAAAACCUUUAAUCAGGGCUCACACCUCACUAGACAUCAGAUAAUCCAUACAAGAGAGGAACCAUAUAAAUGUAAUGUAUGUGGGAAAGUCUUCAGUCAAAAUUCAAACCUUGCAAGUCAUCAGAGAAUCCAUACCAGAGAAAAACCUUACAAAUGUAACGAAUGUGGCAAAGCCUUUAGUCAAAAUUCACACCUUGCAAAUCACCUAGAGAAACCUUACAAAUGUAAUGAGUGUUGGAAAGCCUUUAGUGUGCGCUCAAGCCUAACGAACCGUCAGGUAAUCCAUACUGGAGAGAAACCUUACCAAUGUAAUGAAUGUUGCAAGGCUUUUUGCCAAAGUUCGAAGCUUGUAAAACAUCACAGAAUACAUAGUGGAGAGAAACCACACAAAUGUAAUGUGUGUGGUAAAGCUUUUGUCCAAAGUUCAAGCCUGGUUGACCAUCAGAAAAGUCAUACUGGCGAGAAACCAAACAAAUGUAAUGUGUGCAGCAAAGCUUUUAUUGUGCUUUCAAGCCUAAUACGCCAUCAGAUAAUCUGUAUUGGAGAAAAGCCUUAUAAAUGUAAUGAAUGUGGCAAGGCUUUUAUCAAGCGUUCACACCUUAGGCAUCAUGAGAGAACUCAUACUGGAGAGAAACCAUACAAAUGUAUUGAAUGUGGCAGGGCAAUAUCUGACAUCAGGAUUCACCAAAGAAUUCAUGCUGGAGAGAAACCUUACAAAUGUAAUGAGUGUGGCAAAUCUUUCAGUGUCCAUGCAAGCCUAAGUAAACAUCAGGUAAUCCAUACAGGUGAGAGACCUUACAAAUGUAAUGAGUGUGGCAAGGCUUUUAGCAGGGGUUCACACCUUAGGCUUCACGAGAAAAUUCAUACUGGAGAAAAGCCAUACAAAUGUAUUGAAUGUGGCAAGGCUUUUAGACCAUGGUCUGACCUCAGGAUUCACCAAAGAAUUCAUGCUGGAGAGAAACCUUACAAAUGCCACGAGUGUGGCAAAGCCUUUACUCCAGGGUCACACCUCACCAGUCAUCAGAUAAUCCAUACUGGAGAGAAACCUUAUAAAUGCAAUGAGUGUGGCAAAGCCCUUACCUUGAGUUCCAAGUAUUUUUCAACAACAGAGUCCAUGUUGAAGAGAAACCAUGUAAAUGUGGCAGAGCUGUUAUCUGGGCCUCACAAUGACAUCAAGACAUACAUCUUUCAGAGAAACCACACAAAAGUAACGUGUAUGCUAUGGCUUUUGCCCCAACAUCAAAACUGUGGAACAUCAGAGAAUUUAUAUUGGAGAGCCACCUUACAAAUGUAAAGAAUGUCGUAAGGCUUUCAUCAAAUGUCCAUACCUUUGGAGUAAUGAGAGAA